CACACACACACACACACACAAUUUUUCCGGGAAUGUUUUCUGCGCCACAGUCUGAUUGUUGUUCUUCAGCGCUUCUCUCAACAUGAAGGACAACAUACAACUUAGAAAAACAGUCCUACCAUGGCUGUUUUCCUUGUUCAUCACCACAGGGUUUUGUGAGCAAAGAAUUCAUUGCCAGUGGGGGCCGUAUGGUGCUUGGUCUGAGUGUGAUGGCUGCACCAAAUCACAAACUAGAACCCGAGCCAUGGCUGUCUUUGCUCAGUUUGGUGGGAGCCGCUGUGGUGGGGGGCACAGUGAGACCAGGUCCUGUGAGACCACCCGAGGCUGUCCUUUGGAAGAAGGUUGUGGAAGCUGGUUCCGCUGUCUGUCAGGAAAGUGUAUUAGCCCGUCUCUGGUGUGUAAUGGAGAUCAGGACUGUGAGGGUGACAUGCAGGAUGAAGUAGACUGUCGAGUACAGAAAUACAUUGUUUGCACUGGAUCAGUUCCUCCACCAAACAUUGAACUUGUUGGACUCGGGUUUGAUGUGGUGACUGGCCAGAGGAGAGCCACUGUGAUCAAUACGAAGAGCUUCGGGGGCCAGUGUCGCCGCAUCUUCAGCGGCGUGCACAACAACAUGUACCGUUUGCCCCUCAGUACCACCCAGUUCAACUUUUUGGUGAAAGCUCAGAACGACUUCAGCGACGAGAUGUUCACCAGUGAAUGGCACUAUGCUAAAGAUAUUGUCAACAGGGAGACGGUGUCUGGGACCACCACAGGAUUCAGUAACUAUGACUUCCAUCAGAGCCACGACAGAACUCAGACCCAGAGGCUUCUGGUAUUGAACAAUGACAUCGAGGUAGCUCAGUUCCAGAGUAACUCUCCUCGAUACCUGCCAGUAUCUGAGGAGCUCUGGAAGGCGCUCAUCAAGCUUCCAUCGGUCUACGACUACUCAGCCUACCGGAGAGUUUUAGAAAGGUUUGGAACACACUACCUGUCUGAGGGAAGCCUUGGAGGCUCCUUCAAAGUCAUCACCACUCUGGAUGAGGAAAGUGAACGAAUGACGGUCUCAGAAAGUCACCAGUCUAAUGAAUGUGUCCGGACCAAACGCUGGUUUCUAAUAUUCCCCAUCACCCAUGUGGAUUGCAGAAAGAGUGAAGGUCACAGAACUUCGCCCAGUUCUCGUCUAAGCACAAACAGAGUGAUCAAAGUAGAUGUGGAAGGAGGAGGGAUCUCACAUAUCGCUGCUCUGAAGACCAUGCAGCUCAGUGAUCACGACAAAAACUGGGAAAUGUACUCCAACUGGGCUGAUUCUGUUAGGUCGUUUCCACAGAUCAUAAAGCAAAAGCUGCGCCCGUUGUCAGAGCUGGUGAAGGAGGUUCAGUGUGCUGGAGUGAAGAAGCUGUACCUGCGCAGAGCCAUCGACCAGUACUCCUCUGAGAACGACCCCUGUCACUGCCGGCCCUGCAGGAACAAUGGCAUCGCUGUCAUGAAUCGACAGGAGUGCAAGUGCAUCUGCAAGCCCAACACGUCAGGACUGGCCUGUGAGCAGGGAUCUGAGGCGGGAGGUCAGCAGGGUGUGAUUGACGGUCGCUGGUCCUGCUGGUCUGGAUGGUCAUCGUGUUCCAGGGGUCGGAGGUCACGAAGUCGAUCCUGUUCUAAUCCGACCCCACAGAACGGAGGACAAUUCUGUAUUGGAGAAUCUACUGAGACAUCUGACUGUGAAGACCAGGAACUGCAAUACCUGCAAACUAUGGAGCCUCAGUGCUUUGACCACAGUCUUCCAGAAACUCCCAAGUGUGGACCCCCACCUACUUUGAUCAAUGGCUACAUUCUGGAUCCGAAGGAUGCUUAUUAUGUGGGGAACAAAGUUGAGUACACCUGCACUAAUGAAUUCUAUCUAACCGGUCAAACCAUCAUUGAAUGCACCUCAGAUCUAACCUGGUCUGCCAGCCCUGGCCUGUGCACAGUUUCAAGGUGCACAAUUGAGUCCCUCGCCGACGGCGUCAUAGUCACUCCUUCAAAGCAGAAUUAUGGAAUAGGAGAGUCUGUUACCUUUUCCUGCCCAGAGGGUAGAGAGCUGCAGGGGGAAGCAAUCAGUAUCUGUGAUCCCAGUCUGCAUUUUUCACCGGACCCAGCAGAUGUCACAUGCAGCCAAGUAAGAACCGCAAAGUUCAAAUCUGCCUCGGCUGAAUGUAAACCGUGGGAAAAGUCAUCUAGAGGACAAUGUUUUUGCAAAAUGCCUUUUGAGUGCAGUUCCUCUGUGCAGUUCUGUGCCAAAGAUCCUGCAAGUGGAAAAUCAUUUGUUGUGAGUGCAUGCAAAAUGCAUGCACUGCAGUGUUUGGGUAAGAACUACAUCAUCGCAGAGGACAGCGCCUGCACGUGGCCCCAGCGAAUCAUAGCAAGCUGCGCAGACUGUCACAUGUGGGAGACCUGUGAUGAUGGAACUAAUGAGUGCCGCUGUAAGGAUGCUGCAGAUUGCUCGAGUCCCAGAUUAGACGUGUGUGUCCGUGUUGGGGAGGAUGGCAAUGCUGCCAAUCAGACCAUGAGUGAAUGUGAAGCGGGGCUUCGGCAGUGUAAAGGAGAAAAGGUGGCAAUUGUGGGGAUCCUGCCCUGCGCUUCCUGAGGAUUCAGAUGGUCCAUCCACCAACAGACUUCACAGACUUCACAAUGUUCUCCUAAUACGGGUGCAUCUAAAGAAAGAGAAUACAAUCUAAAAGUUAAUAUUUCAAAUUUGUUACACAAAAUUACUUUUUAAGCCGUUUGUGAUUUAUUUGACAUGGUUUUAACCAAUAAGUCGUAAAAACAAAAGAACUUCAAUCAUAAUAAUUAUCAUCAAAUUUUGAAAACACCUAAAACUUUUUUGUUUGUUCUUCACAUAAAAUACCUGACAAAACAAUUCAAUUCAAUAACAUUCAAUUUUUUUGGUUGCACCUAUGUAUCAGUAUCCAACUAUUUCUUUUAUCUUUCUGUAGAAUAACUUUUGUUGACUUCUUUACACACUUCAUAAACUCGUUUUGUAUCUGUACAAAGAAAACCAAAAUGUAUAAAAAAGACAAAUAAAUAGCAGAACACAAGUCGCGAUAAGUUUUCUUUAUAUAAUGUUUCUUUCAAAUGAAUAAUGUGAAGUAAUAGCUCCCGUUUA